GCCGAGUGUGUUUCGUUGGACUUGACAACGCUUCAGGUCACAACGAGCAAUGCUACUCUUUGUUAAGUAAAGUGGUGAGAAAUCUUGUUCCAAGACAAGAUUUAUUUAAUUAAAUGGUAAUUACCACAUCCCCUGCUGACAUUUGUCACUCCAAGUUUAAAUAAGCGGUCAUAGUUGGCUUGCGCGACUACUUAUUUCGCAGUUAGCUAACGCUAGCGUGUUAGCUGCUCGGACAACAGAGGAUGUCGCUUCACGGCAAAAGAAAAGAAAUCUACAAAUACGAGGCGCCAUGGACAGUGUACGCGAUGAACUGGAGCGUCCGCCCGGACAAACGUUUUCGGCUCGCACUGGGCAGCUUUGUGGAGGAAUACAACAACAAGGUUCAGCUGGUGGGUUUGGAAGAGGAGAGCUCGGAGUUCGUCUGCAGGAACACGUUUGACCACCCUUACCCCACCACCAAGAUCAUGUGGAUCCCGGACACCAAGGGGGUGUACCCGGACCUGCUUGCCACCAGUGGGGACUACCUACGCAUCUGGAGGGUCAGCGACACAGAAACACGUCUUGAAUGUUUGCUGAACAACAACAAGAACUCAGACUUCUGUGCGCCCCUUACCUCCUUCGACUGGAACGAAGUGGAUCCCAAUCUGCUCGGUACGUCCAGCAUCGACACCACCUGCACUAUCUGGGGGCUGGAGACCGGUCAGGUGUUGGGACGAGUUAACCUGGUCUCUGGACACGUGAAGACUCAGCUGAUCGCUCAUGACAAAGAGGUGUAUGACAUCGCGUUCAGCCGUGCAGGAGGCGGUAGAGACAUGUUUGCCUCAGUGGGAGCCGACGGAUCUGUCCGCAUGUUUGACCUCCGGCACCUGGAGCACAGCACCAUCAUCUAUGAAGACCCCCAGCACCACCCGCUGCUCCGACUCUGCUGGAACAAGCAGGACCCCAACUACCUGGCCACAAUGGCCAUGGACGGCAUGGAGGUGGUCAUCCUUGAUGUUCGUGUGCCGUGCACUCCGGUGGCUCGGCUGAACAACCAUCGCGCUUGUGUCAACGGCAUCGCCUGGGCGCCUCACUCCUCGUGUCACAUCUGCACUGCAGCCGACGACCACCAGGCUCUGAUCUGGGACAUCCAGCAGAUGCCACGAGCCAUCGAGGACCCCAUCCUGGCCUACACGGCCGAAGGGGAGAUCAACAACGUGCAGUGGGCGUCCACGCAGCCGGACUGGAUCGCCAUCUGCUACAACAACUGCCUGGAGAUCCUGCGUGUCUAAAGCCACAGAUGCUGAGAUGAAGAAGAGAAGCUCCUUCUUGUUUCAGAUUUUUUGGACUUAAUUUCAAGACAAGGACAAGGUCACGACUGAACUUUCUCAAUUUGGAGUACCACACACACACACACACACGCACACACACACACACAAAUGCACACACCUGCUCCACAAUAACCUGGUUUACAUUUUCCCCCUUUACUCCACGGUUCUAUUCUAUUCAACGUGUUUAAGCUCUUAUUUAUUUUUGCUCACGAGGUAGUGAACUCUGUCUAUGAAAAUCAGAUUUUUAUACUUCUUGGUGUGAUUUCGGCCAGCUGUGAGAUUAUCCUGAAGGGUUUCAAUGUUGUGUGUUUCAUCUGUUUGAGUUGUAAAGGUUGAUACAAACUACUGUAGCUGGCAGAAGAUGACCUCUCUGAUCUGUAGGAAUAUUUCGUAGCCUUCUCGUGGACUCAUACCAUAUUAUUGGUGACUCAAAGAUAUAAAAAUAUACUAUGCUUUUCUUAACCCGUGUCCGGUUUUCUCUCUCAAAGAUGAUCGAGGCUCAAAACUUGUGACCUGUGCAACUUUUAUAACUUGUAAAAUAAGCUGAGAGGGAUUCGUAUCGUCACUGCAUUGGUGUUUGUCAUCAUAUGGUGUGUUUUAGUUUGGCUGGUGACGCUGUGAGGCAGCCGUGUACAGCAACACUCAGAACCUACCAGAGCUACGUCAGCCUUUUUAACUCCCUACUUAUUCUCUUCUUUAUUUGUAGACAAUUGUGCUUUGAAAGCUGUGUUUUCCUUUCCGUGGUUAGAGUGAGUUGUGAAACGGCUUUCUGCUUCUCUUUUUUUUUGUUUGUUUGUUUGUUUGUUUUCAAUAAUAAUUAAAGGGUCAUGUCCUUGUAGCAUGCCAUUACAAGGCAAAAGUGUACAUACAUAUAAAUAUAUCAACUCAACAUGUUGGUAAGACAAGUGUUCAUGUUGUAGCUUUUUCAUAAAGUUUAUUAUUGAAUUUGCUCUAAUAAAUUGUAUUCCUCCAUGUCCUAGGAAUGAACUUG